AUGCAGGAUGUUAACGAAGUGUGCCAAACUCUUCGUGAUCACUUUCUCGCGCGGGGCGAAGGGGAGGGGCGGUACCGUCACGUGUACUCAGAUGAGUUCCGCGGCUGUUUAGAAUCUCAAUGGCGAGUUUCCGUGGAGAGACGAAAGUCGCCUUUCCAUUUCGCCUUCACCAAUGCAUUUGAGAAACGCGCGUAUAUAGAAAAUGACUUCGAUAGAAGCAGACAACCUCCCGUGGACCACCCAGGCUUCAACGAACAUCAAACGAGAUUUGGAAUAAAUUCUCCGCUUCAGAACUUUCAACAACAGCCUUCUCUCUUGUCCAGUCCUCCUCCUCCGAUCCAAUUCCAACAGUCCGUUUAUCAACAGCCCCAGCAACAGGCACCGCAACAUCCACAACACUCGCACCAAUACGUCCCUCAGUUCGGCAAUAUCGUGCCCACGCAAAGCAUUCCAAAUAAUCUACCCAUUCAAAACAUACCAAGCAACAUACCUACCACAAACAACCAUGGCCUACAAUUCAGUCAAACGCGUAGCAUCGACCCAACGGUUUUGAAUAGCUACCAGCAGCAGAAUCUGAGACAGAUUCCGCAACAAAACCAAAACAUUCUCCCUCAGUCUGCACCUACACUUCAGUCGUUCCAGAAUGUUCUGCCUUUAGCGCAGAACGCCCAGGUAUUUAACCCAAAUGCUCAAGGCAAUGGCGCUAGCAGUGGACAACAAAGGCAGACUCAGGCCGCUUUCCUGCCGACUAUAUCGUCCCAAAACCAACCUAUUUUCGGCCAGCCGAGUCCAAUUUCGAUUCACCCAGCUCCAAACCUCGCCCCUCAAAGCUUUAACCAAGAAAAUGGACAGGUUCCAUUUCAAACUCAGUUGAAUCAAGGGCCAAUAUUUUCCAAUAGCCAAUCCUCUCAAAUACAAAACUACUACGAGCAACAGUCGAAAGAAAACUUAGAGAAACUUCAAGAGUUGCAAGAAAGACAAAGAAUUAUUCAAAAACAUCAAGAAUUUGUCGAGAAGCAACAGCAAAAGGAGCAACAGAAGGUGGAAAAGCUGCAUGAAGAGUUUCUCGCUAAACAGGCAACAAAGACUGUCCCAACGCUCGCCACAACCGAAAGCUAUGACAACUAUUAUCAAAACCAAGAAAGACAUAGACCGCUUUUGCCGCACGAGACCGAUUUGUUCAGAAAGGCCCUAGAAUUAUACGAAAGGGAGCACCCUACAACCACCACUUCAACAACUACAACCACAACCACCACCACGACUUCCCGCCCGCCAGCUCCAAGAUACAGAGCCAGGCCGACCUCCAGACCAAGAAGCCCCCCACAGGACAGAAAUAAGCAGAAGCUAUACAACGAAAUAAAGAAUCUACUAGAAGAAAGUGAGACCAAGGGCUUCGACGACAAUCUAAGGGCAAAAAGCGUUGAGCUACUACAAAAACCAGACAUUUUGAAGCAGCUGAAAGUAGCUUUAGCUGAAAAUCCAGAAGAUUUCAACGAAAAAAACUUUUCCUCGCGAGAGAUAUCGUUUAAUGGACAGAAAUUUGAAGUGAUUAGGACUUCUAAUCCAAAUUUAAUACCCAAGGGUGCAAUCACAGCCGAUAGUACGAAUCUUGCCAAAAUUGCAACCGAAACCCCAGAAAGUAAACCCGCCAACCCGAUAUCAUUCGAAGAUCUAACUAAGGAUGUAUUGCCUCCUGGAGCUAAUUACGAACUCAUUAAGCAAUCUGAUAACGGAAAACUCGAGGAGGUUCCCAGCUUGCCAAAUUCUAUUCAAGGCAAAAAGAAGGUGACUUUUGUUUUCCUUGAAGAGCAGGAUGAUGGCACCUUCAAGGUCAAAGGAGUUAAGGCAAAUGGUCAACAAACUGAGGAGGGUCCCGAGGUGGAGAAUAUCAUCAACAAAAUAAAGAAAGGCGAAAUACAAUUACCAGGCCCCACGAAAAUCUCCAACGCCGCAUUCACUUCUACAACAGCCGCCCCGGCCCCAUCCAUCACCACCACUGAGUACGAAGCGGCACCGUCGCAUAACCCGUCAAGUUACAGCAGCUUCGUAACUACAUCCAACUAUGGAGCAUCGGGGAACACCAAUCCCGAAGACUACACGACUCAAACGACGAUCACUUACCGGAACACCGAACCGCCUGCUAGGACGACACAACAGGAGUCUCAGACAUAUUCUCCGUUGCCAGCGCGGUCGCAAACUCAGACUUAUACCCCAUUGCCACCGCGAACUACUACGGAGAGAUACGUCAAGUCAUCGACGCCCCGUUACAUAAUAAACAGAAACAGCCAAGACCUCACGCCAAGAGCCUCGUUCCCAAGCACGACAAUUAUAAACAGCACUCCAGCUUACCGUACGACCACAGAAUCCUUGGUUAUCAUAGGAAGCAGCACCGCAUCGCCAGCCGUCGAGGAACCAAAGUCGUUCCCGUCACUCCUCACUGAGAAUCCAGGUCUCGUGGACAUCCUCAAGGAGAACGGACUCUUCGCAACGGCGAAAUAUCUGAGACAGUCUGGACUGGACACGAUUCUGAACGAGACCGGGCCGUAUACGAUUUUCGCCCCCACUGACAAAGCGUUUAGAACUCUACUAGUGCAGCUCGGCGGACCGGACAGAGCCGAGGAGAAAUUCAGAGAUAAUCCAAGAUUGUUAAGUGGGCUCCUUCUGCACCACGUGAUCCCUGGUGCGUUCGACAUCGCGUCACUGCAGGACGAGAUGACGGGCGUGUCGCUGGCCGGCACACAGUUGCGGGUGAAUCAAUACGACAUGCACGACGUCGAGUGGAACGAGGUGCGGGUGACGACGAUCAACGGCGCCAGGGUCUUAGAGGACAAGAAGGACAUCCACAUACCUCAGGGCAUAGCGCACGCAGUUGAUAGAGUGAUGUUCCCGCUGCCAGUCGGGGACCUAGUCCAGACUUUACAAGCGGACAGAGAUCGACGCUUCACCACCUUCGUCAAAGCCUUGCAGGCUAGCGGUUUCGCGGAUACACUGUCAGAGAGCAAGACGUACACCGUUUUCGCGCCAACGGACGCUGCGUUCGCGCGCCUCCCGCCAGCUGAGCUGUCGCGCUACUCCGAGAAGGCGGCUGCCCGCGCGCUGGUCGCCAGGCACGUCCUGCCGGGGACGCUCUACAGCGCGGGCAUGCGGUACUACCAGCUGCGCAACUCCAUGGAGGACGCUAAGCCGCUCACCCUCCAAAAGAACUCCGGUCGUAUUAAAGUUAAUAACGCCCAAGUCGUCACGCAUAACAUCCCGGCAACUAACGGGGUAAUCCAUGCGAUCGACAACAUAUUG